GUUCAGUUGUCACGACUUCAGUGGAGAGCGUCGCCGAUUUCUCGAGGUUUGAACAGCUAUUUUCACCCUCAAUCCCAUCCCCAAUUUGUCUAUUUGGCAACUCUUGCGAUCCCCCAUACUAUCCUGUAUUCGUGGCAUUUGAAAUAUUGGCAGAAAUUUGCUCCCUGGGUUUUUGCGUGAAAUUAGUAAAACACAAUGUCUGAGGAGAAUCAGGAGAAAGCUCUCGUUGACGCUGGCCAGGAGUCUGAUGGAGAAGCCGAGGAGAAGGGUGGAUUCAACAGCUACAUGCAAUCUCCCGCUUUCCUGAGCGGCAUUAUGCGUCGCCAGGUGCUUAAGUCAAUGGUGAAAUCACUGCCAGACACUGUCCAGAAGCGUCUUAAAGCCCUUAAGAAUCUCCAGCUUGAUUAUUUUGGCAUUGAGACAAAAUUCUAUGAGGAAGUGUAUGAGUUGGAGAAGAAGUAUCAGGCCCUGUAUACCCCAAUUCUCGAGAAGAGACGUGACAUUGUCAAUGGUACGUAUGAGCCAUCGGGAGCAGAAAUUGAAUUCCAAUCAGAUCAUGAGGAGGAUGAUGAGCUAGCUGAGAGGAUGAAUGAAUUGAGUGCGGAAUUUAAGAAUACAAAGCAAGAUUAUGCGCCCGAUGUAAAGGGUGUUCCUGAUUUUUGGCUCAAAAUCUUCCGGAAUGUGACUCUAAUCUCUGAUAUGGUGCAAGAACACGAUGAGGUGGUGCUGAAGAAGCUCAAAGAUGUCUGCAUAAAAUAUGCCGAUGACGGAAUGAGUUACACAUUGGAGUUCUAUUUUGAACCAAAUGAACACUUCACAAAUGAGAUUCUAACUAAGCAGUACUUCCUGAAGGCGGCUAUCGAGAAGGAUGAUCCGUUCAGUUUUGAGGGAACAGAGAUCUACAAGUGUUUUGGUUGUGUGAUCAACUGGAACAAGGGAAUGAAUCUGACAGUGAAGACAAUUCGGAAGAAGCAGAAGCACAAGGCUCGCGGAGCUGUACGUACCAUCACCAAACAGGUGCCCAAUGAUUCCUUCUUCAAUUUCUUCACUCCACCUGAAGUUCCCGAGGAUGACACAAAGAUUGAUUCGGAGAAUGAGAAUUUACUGGCGAGUGACUUUGAAAUUGGUCACUUCCUCCGUUCCCGUGUCAUUCCCAAGGCGGUGCUCUACUUCACUGGAGACGUGGUGGAUGAUGAUGAUGAUGAUCUUGAAGAGGAGGAAGAGGAAGAUGCCGAGGAUGAGGAUGACGAUCUCGAGGGGGGUGAGUGUGAUAAGUACAUCGAGAAAAUUGGUGGUUCCAAGAAAGAAAAUCCACCAGAAUGCAGACAACAGUAAGAAAGGAUGUAAGGUAGAUUCAUGCCGCCGACAUCCAACCAUGUCUCAACCAGCUUUUUUGCAGCAACAAAAAAAAAACAAAAAUUUGUGGGUCAAUUUUUUUUUAAUUUUCUCUCCUGUCACUUCCAUUUCUCUUUUUUUGGUUUAUUCUCUUAUGUAAAACAGGAAAAAAAAAUAAACGCGAUACGGCUUUGAGAACAUCACACAUUCCUGAUAUCCGGGAGAUUAUAAUUCGCGUUUAAAUUUUUUUUCUCAACACGACCACAAUGAAAUGUUCAGUUAUUGAGAUUCACUUUCUGUCAUAUCAUGUGGAAAAAUAAUAAAGUUUUUUUUAAUUAACAAUGAAAAUUAAA